AUGCGGCACCGGGUGUAUGUUGAGCUGAAGUGGUUGAAGUUUUUCGUCGAGAAUGUACAUCCCCGAGUAGCUUUGACUGCGGAGCAGCUGAAUGACCUGCAGCAGCUUCAUGAUGUUAAAGACGCAGACCUUAUAGAAAUAUUUAAAAUAGAAGCAAAGACAAACCACGAUGUUAAGGCAGUAGAAUAUUAUUUAAGAGAGCGCAUUCAACAAACCCCUUCUUUAUCUUUUUGUUCUGAGUUUGUUCAUGCUCUCUGCACCAGUGAAGAUAUUAACAGCCUCGCCUAUGCUUUUAUGUUAAAAGAAUGCUUAACAAAAAUUAUACUGCCGAGCAUUAGAUCUCUGCUUCUUCGUCUUCAAACCCUAGCCACACAGCAUGCAGAGGCACCUCUGCUGGCGAGGACCCACGGCCAGCCUGCGAGCCCAACGACAUUUGGGAAGGAGUUUGCUGUUUAUUAUCAUCGGCUUCAACAACAAAUGCGCAAACUUGAAGAGGUGAAGCCAGCAGCAAAGUUUAGCGGCGCCGUUGGAAAUUUCAAUGCGCACGCCGUCGCCUUCCCCGGACUCGACUGGCCCAAACUGGCGCAGCAGUUUGUAGAGGGUUUAGGGGUCUGUUAUCAACCCUUCAGCACUCAAAUUGAAUGUCACGAUUGGAUAUCGUCUCUUUGCGAUGAAUUGUCUCGCUUCAACACAAUUCUUUUGGGGCUUUGUCAAGACUGCUGGGCUUAUAUAUCCAGAGACCUGCUAGCCCUGCAGCUAGUUGCAGGGGAAGUCGGCAGCAGCACAAUGCCUCAUAAGAUAAACCCAAUAGACUUUGAAAACGCAGAAGGAAACUUAGGAAUUGCAUGCGCUAUGCUGAGGUUCUUCAGGGGGAGGGAGUCUCAGCCCCAGGGAUAUGAACAACUAAAGCAGUUAACAAGAGGCUCUGGCUCUGUCUCUUCAAAAGAUAUGCAAGCAUUUAUUUUUCAGACGCCUCUAUCUAAAGAACUGGGCGAUCUCUUCAUCGAAUAUGAUUAA